AUGGUCUCAACGCUUCGGUCAAGAUCGGUUGAUGUUUUGAUUUUGAAAAGUGUUGAUGGUAGCGAGGAGGGAGCUGUCAGCCAAACGGCUAAAAACAAAAUGGCAUUGAGAAUUCAGUGUAGAUGGCGAGCAUUUGCUGCUGUGAAGGAAUUUAAACAGCGCCAACAGUUAGCAAAUGAGGCUGCUGUUAGAGCGAACAGUGCUGUGCGUAUUCAAGCCAUUUGGCGUGGCAAAGUUGGCCGAAAACGAGCUGCACUUUGUAAAUUUAUGAAAGCGACCGGAUUAAGAAUACCGGAGGUCCGUCGCCAGCCUACAUUUGAAGAACUUCAGCUGCUUAGUCAAAACGGCCGUUUUUCUAACGUGAGCGAUAGCAGCGAUGAUGAUUCAGAGUCUGCGGACGCUUUGUGUGAAUCAACGACGUUUGAUCAAAUUUUCUCACACCGUGGCCCUGACAAACUGAGCUUGUUUGCGUUUAGAAGCGUAGCGCACCGAAGGUCAGAGCCAUCUAUUCAUGACGGAAAAAGUGCUGCGAACAGCGAAGGCUACCAGGACGCAGUAGAAGAGCCGAAACGGAUUGGAUUUUUUAGCGCCGCUGUUGGGAAGAAUCGCUUUUGGGCAAAGACGAAGAAUCGAAAAAAAGCAGUUUCUGUCUCAGGUGCUGUAUCGCUCCCUAUAAAAGAAGAUCUUCUUGUUGAAGUCGACGAGAAGCUUCCCCGUAGCAGCGUUUCUGAUACGUCUUCUGUUCACUCUGAGUCAUUUAUUCGAAGGCUAUCUUUUAAUUCAGGUACUCCUCGCGAAAGCGAAGCAUCAAAUUCGCUGAUUGGCGAGUCAACUGCGGACCCGCUUCGCUGUCGCGAAGACUCGUACGACUCGACGCGAUCUCGUGGUGACUCGUAUGCUGAUUCCUUCAGGUCACGUGGCGACUCUUACGCCGAUGUAUUUCGAUCACGCGGUGACUCUUACGCUGACGUAUUUCGAUCACGAGACGACUCAUACGCUGACUCAUACGCUGGCUCGAUACGAUCGCGUAAUGAUUCUUACGCGGAAUCGAUUCGCUCACGCGGCGAUUCGUAUGCUGACGUGUUUCGAUCUCGUAAUAACUCAUUCGACGAUGUAUUUCGAUCCCGUGAGAACUCGUAUGCUGAUGCUCCUCUUGACAGAGAAUUUGAAGCACACGACGAUGCUAACAGUUCUCCCAAGUGUUUCGAAUCUGACAGUGACCGUGACAGCACAUCAGUGGGCGAUUAUCCUGAUCUUGGUCCGAAAACUAGCGAUGUUGAGAAAGAAGAGCCGGAAGAAGAACAAGAAACACGUAAAAAGAGUGGCAGCCGGUGGCGUGCUGCCAGCGUGCUAAGUGCGCUUUCUAGUCGUCGUUCAACCAGACCAUCCACUCCAACUGCAUCAUCUCUCGAAGAUGAGGAGAGGGAGUUCGAUCAAAAGAAAACUCGCCCAAUCGCAGCGUCGGUCGCUUCUAAUGGCUUGAAUUCAGUUGCUGGUCUGAUAAAGAAUAGAAGGUUUUCGCUUCAAACCAGCAACACUAGCAGUAACACCAGCAGUAACACCAGCAGUACCGGAAGUGACAGGGACCUGUCUGUGUCAACACCACCGCCUAUAGAAGCCCCAAAAUCAAGUAAGACUCGAUUUAGUCGCUUUACUGCUCCAACUAUGUCCAAGCCAGCAUUUCCAAGUCGUUUUGCGUGGAAGGGCAAAACUCGUCGAGACACAAUCGAUGAGAUCGUCAAUGAACCAUUAAACACUCCACCCACUUAA